AUGCCUUCUGCUACAGAAUCCGGUGCAGGCAAUGCCAACGACAACAUUCGCAGAUUUACUGCUCCCUCCAGACCUUUGAGCCCAAGAGCUGAACAUACCCUUUUCCACGACAAGACAAGAUGUUUUGUCUACGGCCUGCAACCAAGAGCCGUUCAAGGCAUGCUCGAUUUUGACUUCAUCUGCAAGAGAAAGACUCCUUCGGUUGCAGGUAUUAUUUACACAUUCGGUGGUCAAUUCGUUAGCAAGAUGUACUGGGGAACCAGCGAAACUUUGCUUCCAGUUUACCAAGAUGUUGGAAAGGCCAUGGCGAAGCACGAGGAUGUCGAUACCGUUGUUAACUUUGCUUCAUCGCGAAGUGUCUACCAAUCCACUAUGGAACUUUUGGAAUACCCACAAAUUAAGUCAAUUGCCAUCAUUGCUGAGGGUGUACCUGAAAGACGUGCUCGUGAAAUUCUUCAUGCAGCAGCCAAGAAGGGUGUUACAAUUAUUGGUCCAGCUACCGUCGGCGGAAUCAAGCCAGGAUCCUUCAAGAUUGGUAACACUGGUGGUAUGAUGGACAACAUUGUUGCAUCCAAGCUUUACCGCAAGGGUUCCGUUGGUUACGUCUCCAAAUCUGGUGGUAUGUCCAACGAGCUCAACAACAUUAUCGCCAACACAACCGAUGGUGUUUACGAGGGUGUUGCCAUUGGUGGUGACAGAUACCCAAGCACAACCUUUAUCGACCAUCUCCUCAGAUAUCAAGCCGAUCCAGAAUGUAAGAUUUUGGUCCUGUUAGGAGAAGUUGGUGGUGUUGAGGAAUACAGAGUUAUUGAGGCCGUUAAGAACGGAACCAUCACAAAGCCAAUUGUCGCAUGGGCAAUUGGUACUUGCGCAAGCAUGUUCAAGACUGAGGUCCAAUUCGGACACGCUGGUUCAUUUGCGAACUCACAGCUCGAGACUGCAGCUACUAAGAACAAGUCCAUGAAGGAAGCUGGUUUCCACGUCCCAGAUACCUUCGAAGAUAUGCCAGCAGUACUCGCCUCCGUGUACGAAAAACUUGUUGCAGAUGGAACCAUCGUACCACAACCUGAGCCAAUCGUACCAAAGAUCCCAAUUGAUUACUCAUGGGCUCAAGAACUUGGUCUUAUCCGAAAGCCUGCUGCUUUCAUCUCCACCAUUUCCGAUGAUCGUGGACAGGAACUUUUGUAUGCUGGCAUGCCAAUCUCUGAUGUCUUCAAGGAGGAUAUCGGAAUUGGUGGAGUCAUGUCUCUUUUGUGGUUCCGUCGUCGUCUUCCAGAUUAUGCAAGCAAGUUCCUCGAGAUGGUCCUCAUGCUUACUGCCGAUCACGGUCCAGCUGUUUCUGGCGCCAUGAACACUAUCAUUACCACCAGAGCCGGAAAGGAUCUUAUCUCUGCUCUCGUUUCCGGUCUCUUGACCAUUGGAUCCAGAUUCGGUGGUGCUCUUGACGGUGCCGCUGAGGAGUUCACCAAGGCAUUUGACAAGGGUCUCUCCCCACGUGAUUUCGUCGACACCAUGAGAAAGCAAAACAAGCUUAUCCCAGGUAUUGGACACAAGGUCAAGUCAAGAAACAACCCAGAUCUUCGUGUCGAGCUCGUAAAGGAGUUCGUCAAGAAGCGUUUCCCAAGCUGCAAGAUGCUCGACUACGCUUUGGCUGUCGAAUCCGUCACCACCUCCAAGAAAGACAACUUGAUCUUGAACGUUGAUGGUGCCGUUGCCGUCUGUUUCGUUGAUUUGAUGCGCAAUUGCGGUGCAUUUAGUGCAGAGGAGGCUGAAGAUUACAUGAAGAUGGGUGUAUUGAACGGUCUCUUCGUUCUCGGACGUUCCAUUGGUUUGAUUGCUCAUUACCUUGAUCAAAAGAGACUGCGCACUGGUCUCUACAGACAUCCUUGGGAUGAUAUUACCUACCUUUUGCCAUCUUUGUCUUCGGGAGCUCCGGGCACUGAGGGUCGUGUUGAGGUGCAGAUGUAA